CGCAUUCUCCGCCCCGGCCGCGCUGGGUCCCUGAAGGGAAAGACGGGGGAGUUGGGCAUGCGUCCUGGGAGACCGGGACUCCGCCGCGGUGGGUGGAGCCCACUCGUUCUGGGGCGGGGCUUCCGGGAAGAUGGACAGGCGUAGUCGUGGCUGGAGGAGGGGCGGGGCGCGAGGGGCGGGGCCUCGGGUGGCCCGAGGUGGCCCUGCUGCUGGGUCUGGAGCGGCGCACUCCGCCUCCUCUCGGCCCCGGCAUGGCGUCCCCCCGGGAACUGACCCAGAACCCCUUGAAGAAGAUCUGGAUGCCGUACAGCAAUGGGCGGCCGGCUCUGCACGCCUGUCAGCGUGGUGUGUGCAUGACCAACUGUCCCACGCUCAUUGUCAUGGUGGGCCUACCUGCCCGCGGCAAGACCUACAUCUCUAAGAAGCUGACGAGAUACCUGAACUGGAUCGGUGUGCCUACUCGGGAAUUCAAUGUUGGCCAGUACCGCCGCAACAUGGUCAAGACGUACAAAUCUUUCGAGUUUUUCCUCCCAGACAAUGAAGAGGGUCUGAAAAUCCGAAAGCAGUGCGCCCUGGCGGCCCUGCGUGACGUGCGGCGGUUCCUCAGCGAGGAGGGGGGCCAUGUGGCGGUUUUUGAUGCAACGAAUACCACCCGAGAAAGGAGAGCGACCAUUUCCAAUUUUGGGGAGCAGAACGGCUACAAGACCUUCUUUGUUGAGUCCAUCUGUGUGGAUCCCGAGGUCAUAGCGGCCAACAUUGUGCAAGUGAAACUGGGAAGCCCUGAUUAUGUCAACCGUGACAGUGACGAGGCCACGGAGGACUUCAUGAGGCGCAUCGAGUGCUACGAGAACUCGUACGAGUCGCUGGACGAGGACCUGGACAGGGAUCUGUCCUACAUCAAGAUCAUGGACGUGGGCCAGAGCUACGUGGUGAAUCGCGUGGCAGACCACAUCCAGAGCCGAAUCGUGUAUUACCUCAUGAACAUCCACGUGACCCCUCGCUCCAUCUACCUCUGCCGGCAUGGGGAAAGCGAGCUCAACCUCAAGGGCCGGAUUGGCGGGGACCCAGGACUGUCCAUGAGGGGCAGGGAGUUUGCUAAGAGUCUGGCCCAGUUCAUCAGUGACCAGAACAUCAAAGACUUGAAGGUGUGGACGAGCCAGAUGAAGAGGACGAUCCAGACUGCCGAGGCGCUGGGGGUCCCCUACGAGCAGUGGAAGGUCCUCAAUGAGAUUGACGCCGGCGUCUGCGAGGAAAUGACUUAUGAGGAGAUUCAAGAACAUUAUCCACUGGAGUUUGCCCUGCGGGACCAGGACAAGUACCGCUAUCGUUACCCCAAGGGAGAGUCCUAUGAGGACCUGGUGCAGCGGCUGGAGCCCGUCAUCAUGGAACUGGAGCGACAAGAGAACGUGCUGGUGAUCUGCCACCAGGCCGUGAUGCGCUGCCUCCUGGCCUACUUCCUGGACAAGGCAGCAGAACAGCUGCCGUACCUCAAGUGUCCACUACACACAGUCCUGAAGCUCACCCCUGUGGCUUACGGCUGUAAAGUGGAGUCCAUAUUCCUGAACGUGGCUGCUGUCAACACACACCGGGACAGGCCUCAGAAUGUGGACAUCUCGAGGCCUCCGGAGGAAGCCCUCGUCACGGUUCCCGCGCAUCAGUGACUGUGUCGUCCACAGUGAGCCCUGGGCUGGUGUGGCUCUCUGCCAAGGAGGUGGCUCUGGAUGUCCUUAGCGUGUGUCUGUCACCAUGCAGGAGCCGCAGUGGCUGGCGGCUCAUGGGGCCCCUGCUGGCGCCCUCCUCACCGACGGUGAUGCAGCUGGCUGGCUGUCGGCGCUGCUGUGCAUGUGUGCGGGCUGGGGGCCUGUGGACCGGACUGGACUCUGCUGUGGCCCUCAGCCGUUCUUGUUCACCAUGAGCCUUGGGACAUGUGAAACCAUCAAAUGUGAAACGGCAAGUGCUUGCUGGGAUGACCCUGCUGUGACCCCACGUGGAUCUGGUGCCCGUGCGGGGCCCUUUGCGGUCCUCGGUGAGGUCACUUCCUGAGCCACAGGUCCUCAUGAGACUCCAAGCUACCACUUCUGCUGCUGCAGGUGGGAGGGGAGCCCCUUCAACCCCGGGGAGCUGGGGUGUGGGCCUUGUGGGUAGCACUGCCAGGCCUGUGUCUACACCCCGCCUGCGGGGAGGGCCAUCGCCUCACCCCUUGUCCCUUGCAUGCACGGGAUAUCCUGAAGAGACGGUGGCCCUGGCCAUCCUUUCCUACUGUUCACGGUGAA